AUGCAGUCCUUCCGCGGCCUCGCAGCCUUGGGCCUCCUGGCCUCACUGCUGCACCAUGUCACUGCCUCUCCUAUAUUGCCCCAAGGCAGGUUCCACAACAAGAGGGCCAUAAGUGCAGCCUUUAAUGGAGCAACUUAUGACUUCCCUGACCCUUCGCUAGAACAAGCAUGGCCGUCAGAUGGCGGCAAGUGGUAUGCAUUUGCAACCAAUGGUAACGGAUUCAACAUCCAAGUGGCUGUGGCCGACACACCAGAUGGGCCGUGGACUGUCAUCAACCAUGAUGCCCUGCCCAACAGCGGCUCUUGGACCACGGGCGCCAACAACUGGGCGCCUGACGUCAAGCGGAUGCCCCCAGAGGAAAACCACAGGUACAUCAUGACCUACUCUGGGGCACUCAAGGGCAAUGAGCCCUUCCACUGUGUUGGUAUUGCCACGUCCAACAAGAUCGAGGGCCCCUACACGCCACAGGACGGCCCUGCGAUCUGCCCCGACAUCGCAAGCACUGGUGGGGCUAUCGACUCCUCGUCGUUCUACGACCAGGUGAACAACAAGCGUUACAUCGUCUAUAAGGAGGACGGUAAUAGUGUUGGUAAUGGCGGUGAUUGCAACAACGGGGUUGCACCCCUGCACGGCACGCCCAUCAUGCUGCAGGAGAUGAACGUCAACGACUGGACGACAACGGUCGGCGGCCCCGUGCAGAUCCUGGACCGGGUCGACGAGGACGGCCCGCUGGUCGAGGCGCCGCAGAUCAUCGGCACCCCGGACGGCCCCUACGUGCUCUUCUACAGCAGCCACUGCUUCACGGACCCAAAGUACGACGUCAAGUACGCCACGUCUAACAGCAUCGCCGGCCCCUACACGCGGAGGGGCCAGCUCCUCGCCUCGGGCGCGUUUGGCCUCCAGUCCCCCGGCGGGGCCACGGCCACGCCGCAGGGGGACACCCUGCUCUUCCAUGCCAACUGUCCGAACUCGAACCUGAGAUGCCUGCACACGAUUGACAUGAGCAUCUCUGGUGGCACUGUUACCUUGCAUGGCUGA